AUGAAGUCCAAUCAUACUCGUCACGAAAGUCGAAUGUAUCUUGGCAUUAACACUCUGGAGGUUUCAGUUAAUUAUUGGAAAUACAUAGAUCGAACACCCUCGACCUGCGAGCGCCCCUCGACCUGCGAGCGCACAGAGACCCGCGAGCGCGCAGAGACCCGCGAGCGCGCAGAGACCUCCCACGAGCGCGCAGAGACCUCCCACGAGCGCGCAGAGACCUCCCACGAGCGCAGGGCCGACCACGAGCGCAGGGCCGACCACGAGCGCAGGGCCGACCACGAGCGCAGGGCCGACCGCGAGCUCAGGGACGAACCGCGAAGCUCAGGGACGAACCGCGAAGCUCAGGGACGAACCGCGAAGCUCAGGGAGAACCGCGAAGCUCAGGAAGAACCGCGAAGCUCAGGAAGAACCCUCAGAAAGAACCCUCAGAAAGAACCCUCAGAAAGAACCCUCAGAAAGAACCCUCAGAAAGAACCCUCUUCGUGA